AUGGUCUUACAGACUGCAAUGCAUAAAGCGGCUUUCCUGUCCUCUGUUGAAAAUGUUCGCUGCCUGUUGGAACUUGGUGCAUCACCAAAUUAUCGUGAUCCGUUGGGUUUAACACCAUUAUACUAUAAUAUGCUAACAGCGGAUUCAAAACCUGAUGUUGCUGAAAUGCUUCUAAAAGAUGCAGCAGAUAUAUCGGUUACCGAUAUGCACGGGAAUCAUGAAAUUCAUCAGGCAUGCAAAAAUGGUUUAAUGCAACAUGUUGAACAUUUACUCUAUUAUGGUGCAGAUAUCAAUGCACAGAAUGUGAAUGGAAAUACGCCGUUACACGUUUGUUCUGUCAACAACAGGGCUGAAUGUGCUCGUGUAUUGUUGUUUCGUGGUGCCGAUAGUACAAUUGUUAAUAAGCAGGGACAAACAGCUUUGCAUGUUGCACAUAUCGUUGGCAAUACCGGAGUUGUUGAAAUUAUCCAGAACCAUAAUCCGUCUACAGCCGUGCCAUAUCGUGGGAUUCCUGUCUAUAAUACAAAACGUCGAUUAACUUCUCUUACUUCUACGCUGGCAAGAAGAAGAUCAGUUAGUCAAAGCUCUAUGUGCAGUAUUAAUUCAGAAUAUGGUACCCCAAAAAUUAUUCGGCAACCUAGUCAGACAAUGGCAAGUCCUAGUCCUAGUCGGCUAAGUUCUGCACUAAGUGCUGCAGGUAGCGAGUGUGGUACAAUGAGGCGUUACUCACCAAAUGUAGUUAGGACAUCAUCGGAUGGUCAUGAGGUAAAUGUUCCGCGUAUUUUGGUGAUUCCACGUGGUCCAAAAGGUUUUGGUUUCAUCUUACGAGGGGCAAAAAGAACUGACGCUGAAAUGGAUUUUGAGCCUACACCGUUGAUGCCUGCCCUGCAAUUCUUUGAGGGCGUUGAUAUGUUGGGAAUGGCUAUGAAAGCAGGCCUCAGGCCUGGUGAUUUUCUCCUACAGAUCAAUGGUGUUGAUGUUCGCAGCGCAUCGCAUGAUCAAGUUGUUAGGCUAAUUCAGGCCUCUGGUGACACUAUCACAUUAAAAGUGAUUACUGUCGAUGCAAAUACAUACGGUACACCAUGUAUUGGUACUGCAAAAGUGUCAAAUAGGAGGAAUAUGUCAGCUUCGCAUCUGCCACCUGCACCUCCACUGCGGCAUCCAAAUACAAGCCUCUCUGUAGCCAGAGGAUCUCGAUAUCUUAAUCAGUACGACCAAUAUUCUGGUGAUAAUGGUGAGUCAGUUGUUUAUGGUUGUGGUGAUCCAUCAUAUUCGCAUAUUAUACCAUCAAAAUCAAUUGAAUCCUUGCCUGGAUGCUGCACCAUUGGUGAAGACCAGGUACGAUGUGCUUCUGUAAAGCAAAGGGCAUCUGCGUCACGGCGAAUUUCAGCAGCAGAAUUGGAGCAUUUGAUGCCUCCGAGAGUGAAAGAUUCUAUGGGAACUGUAACGGGUAUGAAAUUUACAUCUGUAGCUGACAUGAAACGUAAGAAACAACGGCAGAUGCCGCAACUGUCACCUCAACCUCCCUGUUUUGGCCUACCAAGGACACUUCAUCCUGUGCAAACACAGCAACCGCAGUCUUAUUCAUCGUCAUUAAAAAGUUUCAAUUCAUCGCCUGAUUUGCAGUUACGAGUUUUUGAUUCUUCCGAUGAAGCCCCAACUCCUUUGCCCAUUCCGGAAUCAAUUCGCAGAGGUUCCUCUGAUUCGCAGCAGUCGUCUGAAUAUUCGCGUCCGUUUCGACCCUCAAGUCGUCCCAAGACACCUCCCCCACCACCACCUCCUCCUACCUUUAACAGCAGUCAUUAUGCAGCUAGUCAACAAAUAACAGCACAAGUUUACUCGCAGUCCGAACUGCCUCGUGGAACACCUUAUUCUGACCAGUUAGAAAAAGCUUCCAUUAGUUCUUCUCCUUCAACAAUUAAAAAAGAAACAGCAUCAUUAGAUUCGGUGCCGUUAUGUAAUAAUUCAAUCCCACCGCCACCUCCUCCACCACCACCUCCUCCACCAUUACCGCCAGCAGAUAAUCCGCGAGGUUUCAAACCAGUGGCUUCUUCACAAAAUAGCUCGACAAGUACGAUCAAGAAAAAAUCUGUUGAGAAAGACUCGUUAGUACCAGGAGUGUCGAGCUUACCUGGAAUUAGCGCAGAAACUCUUUCCUGUGUCCGUUUAAAACCAGCUAUUCGGCGGGAACAGUCUGAUGGUGUAGUUAUCGCACCUCCACCUGAUUUCGACGCUGAUUUAAGGAAUGCUCUUGCUAAACGAAGAAGCAAGGUGUGUCACGAGGAAGAGGAAGAUAAUGAAAAGGCUAAAAAGGUUGUUUUUUCUCUUGAAAAUCAGUCAGGAGCAACAACUUUUAGUCGCUACGGUGGUUUGAGCCUCCGAGAAUCAGUUCGUGAAAAUGUUACUAAUCCUCCAAAGGGUACAAACAAAACUCAGCACUCUCCUCCAGGUUUCGCAAAUAAAAAAGAUAGCGGUUAUACCUCUUCAAGGACUUCCCUUGAGCCUUCCGAAUGUGGUGAGGAAGUUGGAGCAAAUAGUACGCUGAUAACGCAGAUGAAUGAUAGUUUGACGAAAAAUGAAAAUGAUACAGAUGCACAUUUUCCACCACCACCUGUUGAAUACCUAAAUGCUCCAGUGAAUGUUGACAGUGAUUUAAGUUCUAGCAACAGAGUGUCAAUAAUUAGUCAUCAACUUGAGGAGAACUAUGGAAAUGGUUUAUCAGCUUUUGGUAGUGCCACUAUGCAUAAGAAGAAAGUGCCUGUUUUCCGGAGCGCACAGCAAACCCUAAGUGAACAUGACACGAAUCUGCCAAAAGCAACAUCGUCGUUGUCAACCCUAAGCGGUUGUUCGGAUCGUAAUGUGGUCAACGCAUUCACAAAGUCGUCUCGUACACCACCGAUUGAUUACGAUGAUGAACCGGACAGUGGUACUGGAGAUUCCGACAAUGAUUCCCGGAAUGCGCAGGUAUCUCAAAAUAAUUCACAAAUCACAGUCAGUGGAUUUAAUGGGAAGGAGGUAAGCGAAUGGACAACUGACGAUGUAGCCGAAUGGUUGGAUUCACUGUUUUUGUCGGAACAUCGACCAAAAUUUGUGCAACAGUCGAUUACCGGCGAAAAGCUGCUUGCACGGGACAGGGCAUUUUUUACCCAAUUGGGUGUUACCCGAAUUGCUCAUCGGCAGCUUAUUGAACAGUCAAUAAGAAAUUUCACGGGCAAACGAAAAUAG